CCUUCCGGACACAAGUAGGUGGUGCACACAAGUUGUCAUUCUAUCGAAGUCACCGAACCUCUUCAUCGUCCCCUAUGAAUUUCACAAGCUUUAUUUAUUAAUUUGAAAUUCUCCGGUUACAUAAUUUGAGGUAUGGCUCAUGGACGUACAAAAAGGAUUUGAAAUAAUCAAAAGACAACCUGACGUGCGUAAUCCUGUAUUAUACAAGCUUCAGAAUGCAGUGAACUGUCUACAUCGCAAACACAAUGUCAAUCAUCCUUGGACCUCCUUCGAUGAGGCUCCUGAGAUCCCUUCAGCACCAUCAGUACCUUUUCUGUCCCGUGCUCAGCCGAAGCGUAACCCAGGGCGAGUACAGACGGCCUGGCAAGCCCAGAGACAACAAGCCUCCAUGGCAGAAGAUCAACUUCAGCUUCUCAAAAGGCUUGGACGGCAUCCGCAAGCACUUGACGCUGCUGAAAAGGGAAUUCUUUGAACGCUUUGUUGGCCCUGAGGGGAAGCCCAUUUUGGAACACAUGCUGGAGCAGAACCGGGUAGUUUGGGAGUUCCGGGGGUCUGAGAGUCUGAAACAGUGGACGGUGUCGUCGGAUCGUGAGAUAGGAGGCCAGAGUGAGGUCUACUUGAAGCUUGGGAGCAACAAUACCACUUGUUUUCUCUAUGGGACGCUGAGAUCGACGCCCCCUAGGGACGGAGAGACACGCUACAGCGGCUACUGCAGCAUGCGCUCCAAGCAGCCACUGGCGGCGUUUGACCGAAAGAAGCACCACGACUGGAGCAGCUUCAACACUCUGCAUCUGCGUGUGCGCGGCGAUGGGCGGCCUUGGAUGAUCAACAUCGCCGCCGAGACCUACUUCUCUCACCAGAAAGACGACAUUUAUAACUACUUCCUGUACACCCGAGGAGGCCCCUACUGGCAGGAAGUUAAGAUUCCCUUUUCCAAGUUUUUCCUCACACAUCGUGGAAGAAUCCAGGAUGAUCAGCAUCCUCUCUGGCUGGACAAGAUUAACACGAUUGGAUUUACCCUGGGAGACAAAGCGGACGGUCCCUUCCAGCUGGAGAUCGACUACAUUGGCGUCAGCAAAGACUAUGCGCACACGGAGGAGUUUGCCUACGAGCUGUAUAAGAGGAAUCCGAAUGUUUGACACCACGUGUCGAUUGUUAUUCAGUGACGUUUUCAGGAUGGUGACUUGGCAUUUCCUGUGUUUGGCAGUAGAAACACGCAACUGUGAAAAUGCUUUAAUAUAUUCAUUGUUUUCAACUGAAAUCCAGAUCUCAUGGAUUGUAUUUGUCCAUUUGAUCUUUCAAUAGUAAUAAAAGAAUUUCUUGAAUGA